AUGUUCGAACUAUCUGCAAGUUCGAUACCCAGCUGGGCGGCCGCCCUGCUGCUGCCUUUCAUAUUCCUUCUGUGGAGGACAUAUCGGCCGUCCGACUCUCGAAGGGCACCUCUAGUGUCGUACUGGAUCCCAUGGGUUGGUUCGGCAGUUGACUUGGCUAAACCGGAUGCCUUCUUCAAAGGCGCAACCGAGAAGUACGGUCCUGUCUUUCGUGUCAAAGCCCUAGGGCGAGAGUCAACGUAUAUCAAUUCGCCAUCGUUGAUAAAUGCUGUAUAUCGAGACAACAAGCGUUUUGAUUUCCAGGCCAUCCGUCUGGACAUGAACGAGUACUUGUUUUCGAUCCCUACUGCCGCCAAUCGAGGGCCGCAUAUGCUCGGCCAUUGGUUCCCUGCACAGCAUCGCUUGCUCUCACCGAAUGCCGUUCCCCAGAUCCUCAGAGCGUACACGCGAGAAGCGUAUGACGCUCUGAUGAAGGCAAUCGAAAUCCACGACGGUUGUGCUACACCUCUAUUUCCCUUCAUUAUUCCAUCAGCGUAUGACUCGUCUGCAAAGGCGUUCUUUGGACAUACUUUCCCUACAGAGAGAACUUUUGCUCCGUUUAACAAGUUCAAUGAUUCCUUUCACUUGAUUGCUGCCGGUGCCCCCCGGUUCCUAGUGGCCAGCUCGCGUCGAGCGUGGUGGAAUGUCGUCGACAUCUUUACGGAGUACUUAGAACAGCUUGAGAAGUUACAGGACGAGGAUCUUGCUCCCAUUGUGCGGCUUGCAAUGGAUAUACGAAGAGAAGGAGAAUGGGACACCCGAACGUCUGCGACUGCAUUGGCAGCAAUUCUAUGGGCUCUCGAAGGAAACGCACCUUUGGCUGCGUACUGGCUUGUCGCAUUGCUUCUCCAGGAGUCCGAAGGCCUUCGCCCACUGAUCUCCGAGGUGGAUGAGGCUCGCGCCAGCUGGUUGUCCGCGCAUCCACAGACCAAGCUUGACGCUUCCACAUUCUAUGACUUCCUCGCCGACUCACCUUUGCCGCUGCUCAACUCCACAAUCCAAGAAACCCUGAGGGUCACGUCGUCUGUCUUCUCCAUCCGCCGGGUCGUUGCACCCGUUGAGAUUGGCGGUUACCAGUUCAAUCCGGGGGAAGAAAUUAUAUGUGCGACGCGAUCCGUCCAUAUGGACGAGCAAGUGCACCCUGAGCCGCAGUUGCUAAAGAAAGAAAGAUACGUUGGCACUGUACACGCUAAGAAAGACGGGCAGAACGUCCCCAACCAUUCGAUGCCGUUUGGUGGCGGCGUGUCCAUGUGCGAAGGCAGACAUUUCGCACUCGGCGAGCUGAAAACGUUUAUAGCAUUGUUGUUGACUUACGCUACUAUUGAGCGGGACCCUUCUUCCAGCUCGAAACCCGAUUUGAUGUGGGAGAGGAUGGGGGUUGGCAUCAUGCCACCGCGAGGAGAUAUCAAGGUCAUCGUUGGCAAACGCAAGUUAUAA